CUCUUCAUUUCUAAUUUCUGAGUAAACAGAUUUUGAAAAGUCAAUGAUUAGUGCUUUCUUGCUAAUUUAAUAAGUACAGGCUCAUCAGAAAACACAUUUUUUCAGUGCAGUGGAAUGAAAUUUUUUUCUACCAGUUACAUCUAUUUUUAAUAAAUGAUACAAUUUAUAACCAAUCAAACAAUUCUCUCACUCGCAGAAUGGCUUUAACUCCGAAGCAGCUGACGUUACUCCUGGGGAUUUUGAGUGAAGACAGCUGUGAGAAGCAGAGCAUUGAAGCCCUGAUUUCCCAGUUUCAUCAAUGUUUCACGAAACAGGAUAGUUUUAAGGUCGGUGCAGCCCUGGUGAUGCUCCUUCAACAGAAUGACUUACUUCCGAAGCCACAGCAGUGUUUAGUUGCCAUUGUUCUGUUGUAUGAACUGUAUCGAUCUGACCCAUUGACUCAGCAUCCAUUUGUACCAGUUUUCAUUCAUCUAUUGAACCCUCCAGACUUGGCCAAUAAAAAUUCAGCUAGACCCUUAGAGUAUGCUGGUCAGCUACCCAAGUUGUCUCCAGCGGAAAAAAGCUUUCUCUCACAGUUAAUAAAAAAUGGAUCUCAUGAGCUUUUAAAGAAAACUGCAACUCAUAUCAAAGCCAACAAGAACUUGAAUCCUCCAGUCGCAGAUCUUUCAGAUGUACAGCUGGCAUUAGCUGAAAGAAGAACAGAGACAGCAGUCACAGCUCGAUAUGCCACAACUGCCGUUUUGUCAGACAGUGAACCAAGAAUGAACUGGACCUUUCCAUUCUCAGAUGAUGCUAGUAUCCAACAAACAGCAGAAGCAUUGCUGACAGGGAAAACACCAAUUGUAGAUCAAAAGUUUAAACCGGAAUUUCUGAGACUAGCCCCGCCACUUUUUUCUUGUGAUGAUGAGCUCACUUGGUUGAAUCCAGACGAGCCGCCUCAGUACAAGAUAGCCUACGAUGUUACAAUGUGUGUAUCUAAUUCAGCUGGACUGGAAGCAAGAACCCUGAUGACUAGAGCAUAUAAGAGUGCUCUAACUCUUCAGCAGCAGCAGCAUUUGCUGGCGGAGCUUACAAAUGACCCUAAACUUGUAUAUCAUAUUGGAUUCACUCCCAACAAGUUACCCGGUCUUGUGGAGAACAAUCCCCUAAUAGCAAUUGAAGUUCUGUUGAAGCUGAUGCAGUCAACACACAUUACAGAAUAUUUCAGUGUUCUUGUUAAUAUGGAAAUGUCUCUGCAUUCAAUGGAAGUUGUGAAUAGGUUAACAACAACCGUGGAUCUUCCAACAGAAUUUGUACAUUUUUACAUUUGUAACUGUAUCUCAACCUGUGAAACAAUCAAAGAUCGAUAUAUGCAGAAUAGGUUGGUGCGAUUGCUGUGUGUUUUCUUGCAAUCAUUAAUUCGGAAUAAAAUAAUCAACGUUCAGGAUUUGUAUGUAGAGGUUCAAGCGUUCUGUAUCGAGUUUAGUCGGAUACGGGAGGCUGCUGCUCUUUUUAGGCUACUCAAACAGUUAGAGCAUGGUGAAAUGAUCACAACAACAACUUCUAGUCCAACCAUGUUGACCACUACUCCAAGUAUCACUACAACCUCAACAACAGCUUCAACUAGUUUUGCACCAUUCGCUUUCAUUUCGCCCACUGAAAAAAAAUCUUAAUCCUGUAAUCGAUAUCAAAAGGAUCAUAGCUGUGAUUUGUUUGAUAGCUCUUCUGUCUCUCAUGGUUUGCUCAGUUUUCUCCUCGGAAGCAACUUCGGUCAAAUUUUUCCUGCAAAAAAUAUGAGAAGGUGUUGGCCAAGGAUAGUUUUGACUCAGUUGGUUAAGUAAGAUUAAUGAAAACCGAAUGAUGUAAAACGUCUUUAAUAUUUUUCCUGUUAAUUUUAAGAUCUCUACUUUCCCCUGUAUUUUUCUCAAACUUUUUAACCGACGUUGCUGAUGAAAGUUAAAAUACAUCGAUGGUGUAAGUCCGCAACCACUUAUCUUGUUUUGGUGUUUGAAAAUCUCCGCUCCUAUUUUAUUUUUUUAAAGGAGAAGAAAACAACGUUGUUCCUUGAAGGUUCUGCAAAUUAUUCUUCCUAAGGAGAAGAAAAAUCACGGCAGUUUUUAAAGAUAGCGGUUGAGUACUUUUCCAUUUAAAAAAUAAAUUGUGAUAGGAAGUCUGCGAUGUCACAAACCAAGAUAUGUGGUUGCGGACUUACACCGUUGACAUGUACAUUGAUUGUAGUGUCUUAAAAUGUACUUGUGUACUUCAUUUUCUGGAAGGGGAGUGAACCAUUUUUUUCUGUCCUAUAUAUUUUCACAAAAUAUUUUCGACGAGGCAGAUAAAAAUGGAACCAAUUCAAAGUACAGAAAAAAAAUGAAAGAAAAAGAAAGAAUUUGAAGUAUGCUGGGAAAUUUGUAACCAAGAUACAAGGUUUUGACUUUCAUCAGUAAAAACUGUGGAUAGGAAUUGAACAUAUUCCUUGUUUGAAACUAAGUUCCUUGUCUAUUCCUUUGUUAGUUUUGUUCUUUUCCUUUUUCAUUGUGAGUUCCCUGACAUCUGAAAAUACUGAGCACUUCUUUGUGCUCUUCAUGUAAAGGACCUCUAAGGUGAAUACAAUACGCAGAAUAUUUUUUUUAAAAAAAGGAAAAAAUAUCUUUACUGUUUGCAAACAAAUGGAUUAGUGAUCAUAAGUGAAAAACAUACUUUUGUAAAGUUCAUUUCCUUAAAGUCCUUUAUUUUUUGAACAUGUCCUCCCUAACAGAAGUUAGCACCUGUACAGUUUUAGUCUUUAUCAACUUCUAAUUUAAGUGGAUGAAAGUGAACGUGUACAAGAAAGGAAAUACAUUUUGUAGAAAGAAUUUAAUAACUAUGAGCCCAUGUAAUCAAACGAUUCUGCAGAUGCAUGUUGUCAUAGUGCCUGUAGGAAUUAUGAGAUCUUUUUAUUUUAUUUUUUUUUUUAUUUAUUUUUUUUUUUUAAAUGCGUAUACACAAGAAAGUUUUAUGAUCGUUCUCAUUUGCCGCAAAAGUCAGUUUUGCCACCAAGUGUAUCAAUUCAUUGAAUGCCAUUCAUUGAUUCUUUCUCAUAUCUCUGAUUUUUCCAUUCACCUCCUAUUCCAGUGUUUUUCUAAAUGCUAAAAAUUUAGUAUCAUCUUAUAGAAAUUUAUGUCUGUUAAACAGAUCAUAAUCUUAGUUUAUUUUUGGUUUUAACUUUAAUUUCAGUUUAUAAAGAGUGCAACACAGUUUUCAUAACAUAAUUUCUCAAGAGGUAACAGUUUUAUUUGAUUAAUUUUUUUUUUUUUUUUUUGGUACUUUGGUCCAGUUUUCACUUUUUCGUGGUUUUUAUACUCACCCAAAAUUUUCCGUCCUAGGUGUUUUUGGAGGAUGAAUUUAGAGAUCAUCUUAUUCCAGUACCGUUUGACUGAUUAAAACAGAAAUGCACCAAUUUGUAUCAAAUUUUAGUCGAGACAAACAGCUUUGAGGUUUUAUUGCUUCAUAAAACUUAGUGUCAAAGACAAAGUUUAAUGACCGUUUCAACGUUCAAAAUAUUUUUCUAGACUUUGAACUUUUGACAGGAGACAAUGCAAGAUGUUGAAUUCAAAACCAUUCCUAACUUGUGUUUUAUCCGAAUUGCAACCUGGUGCAUCUGUUAUGAACUUGGUCCAGUAAUUUUAAUAGAAAGGUAAUGAUUAUCGUAACAUAAUUUUUGGUAUCCAGAGAUUUGGCCUGAGAGAGAUUUUUAUUUUAUUUCAUUGAUUGAUUGAUUGAUUAUUUUUUUUUUUUUUUUGCCAAUGAGAGCAGCACUAUAUUAUAUAUAUUUUGUCAUGUGUGAUGCUCAGAUAUAUGUUAUCAUAUUUUGGGUUGGUUGUCAUCAUUUAAAGACAUUAUAUCAGAGAUUGUAGUGAUUUUAGACAGUGAUAAUUUAUUUUGUAAAUUUUUACUUGCGUGCCAUCAAAUGUAAAUCUCUUUCAUUUUUUUUUUUUUGUUUAUUUUAAAAAAAAAUUCAACGCAUUCAAAGUUAUCCCUCUUUUCGGCCGUAUCCAACUAACCAGUUAUAAUUUCUAAUUGUCAUAAAUUGAUUUUUAGGUCUUAACCUUUUUGUUCUCAGAUUGAUUCGAAACUGCUUUAUUUUAGUCAAAGCCAGAAUCAUUUCCAACCAGUGAAAAGAAAUAUUGAUGUUGAGUCCUCUCAAGUGAUGCUAGAUUCUAUGUUGCAAGGAUUGCAGAGUAGCCACUUAACCAACUUAACAAUGAUAAAAUUUACUCGGGUAAAAUUUCAGAAUGAUUCUCUUUGAAUUAAAGGAAAAAAUUAUUUUGUAAAAGUAAGAUUUUACAAGAAUGUGAGGAUUAAUCAUUGUCUUUAAAUUAUUUAACUCUGAGAGGCAAUUGAAGCUUUUGGCCAACAUGCAUCACCAAGUAUCAAAAGUGUGAUUACAAUGGAAUGGCAAUGCAUGAAAAUUUAUAGUUUUGUACCUCAAAAUUAGAAGUCUGAAAGAUUUCUCAAUCAAUGUGGAUUCAGGCCCCUCUACAGCCUUUUUUUUUUUUAUUUUUUUAUUUUUAAAUUGAAGUACACGGAUUAAAAAGCCACCCCAGAGAUUUGAUCUUACUUGAGCUAAUAUGUCGAAGAGUUCAUACGAACUCUCAAUACAUUACACAGGAGCAUCUGCAAAAUACAAAUAAUUGAUUUUAUCCUAGAGCUCCUCUCUGUGAAUUGUGUGUGUGUUCUCUAAGUGUACUCCAACCCCUUCCCAUCUGAAAAUCUCUGGCUCCAGGAAAAACUUAGACCUCCAGGGCCUUUUUGUAAGAAGAAGGUUAUCCAAGUUGCUCUGAGGCAACAGUUAAUUGUUAAUUUGAUUCUUUUCAAACUUUUCUAAAAAAUGUGUGUAAAAAAUUAGAAAAUCUAUAAAUAAAUCGAAUUUUGUUUUAAUUCUCUC